CUUGAGCCUUGACCCUCAGUGACCCGUCUCCCUUUCUUUCUUCAGAUUGCCAGUUAGAGAAAUUACCCAUGAGGCCCCGGGACCGAGCCCGGGUAAUUGAUGCAGCCAAACAUGCUCACAAGUUCUGUAACACAGAAGAGGAGGAGAGUGUCCAUCUCCGGAGGCCUGAAGGCAUAGAACGGCAAUUCAGGAAGAAGUGUGGAAAGUGUGGCUUACUGCUCUUUUACCAGCACCAGCAGAAGAAUGCCCCAGUGACCUUUAUUGUGGAUGGAGCAGUUGUCAAGUUUGGCCAAGGCUUUGGGAAAACCAACAUAUACAGUCAAAAACAAGAACCUCCUAAGAAGGUAAUGAUGACCAAGCGAACGAAGGACAUGGGCAAGUUCAGCUCUGUCACUGUCUCCACCAUUGAUGAAGAAGAGGAGGAGAUUGAGGCUAGAGAAAUCGCCGACUCAUAUGCACAGAACGCCAAAGUGAUUGAAAAACAGUUGGAGCGUAAGGGCAUGAGCAAGAGACGGCUUCAGGAGCUGGCUGAGCUAGAAGCCAAAAAAGCCAAGAUGAAAGGGACCUUGAUUGACAACCAGUUUAAAUGACAGAAGACCUUGCUGGAGGACAGUUCGUCAGCCUCCUUGGCAUGGGCAAGCUGAUCACUACCACCACAGUUGUAGAGAAGUUGAUCUUGAUUUCCCAAAUCUAAAGAGUUCUCCUGGCUAAGCUUACUGUGCUCUGCCCUGGUAGUCUAAUAGCACUAACCCUAUCCUAGAGAAGGAUUCCUAACCUCUUCCUCUGCUUGGUUUUUCUAGGUGAUUUCUUUUGUCCAGUGAAUGUUUUCUCUCCAUUUCUCUGCUGAAAUUAUGGAAAUGGAGAACAAUGUUUGAAUUUCUUUGUCUGUGAACACAAUCAUUUUUACUUUCUUCCUUUGAACUUAAUACAAAAUAAAAGUCUUUAG